AUGUUAGUAACAUUCACUGCCAAGUCUGAGAAGGAUAGUUCCACUUCUCAAAAUGAGAAUAAACCUAAUAAAUCCAAUAACAUCAUACGACAUCCUCCCCCUUCGACAUCUGAUAUUAAUACUGUUGAUAAUAGAAUCUCAAAAGUAUCAUCAUCUACCAUCAAUCAAAAGAAACAUACUAAAUCACCACUACUCCCGUUAGAGUCUGUGUUUGAAAUUUCUACCUCAUCAGCUCCAUCAGCUUCCAAAUCUUCAUCUAAUAGUACAUUUAAAGUCAUCAACAAUUCUCGGGAUUUUUCAUUUAAAAAUUCUAAACGAUCAAGAAAUGGUUGUUUGACUUGUAAAAUCAGAAAGAAGAAAUGUGAUGAAGGUAAGCCUAUUUGUUCAGCCUGUGAGAGAUUAAGUAAAGAAUGUAUUUGGAUCGAUGCUGAUAUGUCAGAAGAUGAAAUUAGAUUAUUAAAGGAAAAAGUUGAACAAGAUGAAAGCAAUAAUAAAUUAAGAAAGAGAAAAGUGAAAUCAGGUGGUGGUAGUCACCAUAAUGAAAAUAAUGUUAAUCAUAAAGUUACUGUCAAACAGGAAAGUUCAUCAAUUUCACCUCCUAUGAUGAUUGAUUCACCUUUUCAACAUCCAUCAUCAAUUUCAACUGAUCCAGUUUCACAAUCAAAUAAUCAUGUUGAACCAAUCGUAGCUUCAGCUUCAUCAAUUUCAUCUUCGGAAUCAAAAUCUCAGGAUGAUUUAUACUCAUCUAUAAGAAUCAAUAAUAAUAUCAAGGCUACUUUUAGUUCAAAUUCUCCAAGUGUUAUAAAUGCAGAACCAUCUUGGAAUAUAAAUCAAAAUCAUCAGAAUGAUGAUAUUUAUCAAUUCGAAACUCAUAUUCAUGAUAGAGGUAUCCUGAUAACUAAAGUCAAUCCAAAUAACAAUAAUAUUAACAUUUCUACAGGUGGCAUCAGCAAUCAUAAUUCUCCAUCCAUAAUCCCUGAAAGUCCUAAAUUAUUCCAAUACAAUAAUUCUGAUUUAAGAUCAACCAUAUCUCCAAGUAUGAGAUACCAUAACAAUAACAAUAAUAAUAACAACAACAACCAAUUUAGAAAAUCAGUAUCCAAUUCAAAUUUAAAUACUAAUUAUGCCUUACUGCCAAAUUCUCCCACUAUUAAGAGUCUAAUGAAUCCCGUAUCAUCGGUUGGCGUAUCAAAUAAUGGUCCUAGGUCAUCCAUAAGAGAAAUAGAAAUAGAUCAUCAAGCUAAUAAACUUGAAAAGAGUCCUAUCCAAAGAAAUUUCGCUCACUUAAAUAAUUAUCACAAUCAGAAUCAGAAUCAGAAUCACAAUCAUCGUGAUAAGGAAAAUUCACCUCCUCCAUUGGAUCUUGAUUCAAGUCGUUCACCUCCUCCAUUAUCUCCACUGGCAUUUUUAAAUUUCAUAAGAGAUUUGAGUAAUGUAAAUAAUAAUGGAGGGAUGACCAAUGAUGAUGAUAAGAAUAAUGAAGAUGAAGAUAAAAUUGUUUUAAUCGAUGAUAACGAUAAAGAAAUCCCAUCUCAUGAAUCAAAUACAGAUUUUAAGGAGUUCUUAGGAUCAUCGAAUUUUUCAGCUGUGAUGGAAUCAAUGGGAUUUGGGAAUGGUAAUAACGAUAACGAUAUAAAUAAUGGUAAUAAUUCUAAUAACAAUCAAGGUUUAAGUCCUACAAAUUCAAAUUCUAGUCUAUUAAUUCCUACAUUGUCUCCGGCAAGUUAUGGUAAUUUAAUCUCAAAUUUAAAUUCAAUGUUAACUCCUUCACCAAGAUUACCACCAUCUCAUAUACCAGAAUUAUCAAACGCAACAAGUUCAUAUUUAUAUAAUUACUAUGUGGAAGUAUUAUCGCGAAAGAUUUCCAUUGCCCCUGUGUCUCAAAAUGAUUCAAACUCUUAUCAAAAGGUGUUUUUACCUUUGGCUCAUAAAGAUAAAGGUGUCCUUUAUGGGAUCUUAGCAUGGGCAGGAUUUUAUUUAGGUGGGACAUGGGCUGAAGAAGGGGUUAAAUAUGUCAAUCUUGCCUUGGAACAUCUUAGUAGUUCAUUGGAUAAAGAGGAUAAUUCGAUGGUUCCUUAUAAUAAUCGAAAUGAAGAUCGGCAAUCGAUAUUAAAUAAAUUGGCUACUUUAUUAAUCUUAUGUGGGGCUGAAAUUUGUAAAGGUGAUGUUAAAUAUUGGUCAGUUUAUCUCAGAUGGGGAUGGAAAAUCUUGAGUUCAAAUGGUGGGAUUUUAAAUUUUAAUAAUCUGAAAGAAGAACAUUGGUUAAUUUCAAAUUUUGCUUAUCAUGAUUUAUUAGCUAGUUCAUCUAUUGAACGAGGAACUUAUUUCUCAUCAAAGGAAUAUAAUACCAUUUUCAUUGAUAAAGAAGGUUAUUCAAGAGGUAAUUUAAGUCCGUUGUUAGGGGUUUCAAAAAAAUUAUAUCGUAUUAUUGGUGAUGUUAGUACCUUGGUUUAUGAGACAAGAAAGACUUUGAACGAAUAUUAUAAACGGGAUUCACCUGCUUCUGAUCAUGGUGGGAUUUCGGAGUCUCCUAAUCAAUACUAUGAAGAUAACUCAAAUAAUAAUACUAAUAAUAAUAAUAAUCAGGACAAUCAAUCAGAAACAAGUGAACAUGGGAAAGUAAGUCGUAUGUUAGAUAAUAUUGUGGAAAAGGCUCGGAAUUUAGAGGCUGAAAUCGAUAAUGCCAGACCCGAACCUCGAGAUUUGGAUGACUUAACAGAUGAAGAAUUAGAAUUACAAUUGACAUUGUUUGAAGCCUUCCAAUUAAGUGCCAAAUUAUUUUUAAAACAGUCGAUUAUGAAAUGUAAUCCAUCCAUGUUGGAAUGUCAAAUUCUUAAUAAUGAUUUAAUGAAAUGUAUCGAUAUCUUGUUAGAUUCACCUGUACAAGCAUCGUUAGUGUUUCCUAUCUUCAUAUCAGGUAUCCAUUGUGUGUCAAAUCUUGAUCGAGAAAACAUGAAACAAAGAGUGGAAAACUUUAUUAAAUUAUAUGGUCCUUGGAAUGUUAGAAGAGCUAAAUAUUUAAUGGAAAAAGUCUGGCAACAGAAUAGAGAUGGUGAUACGGUGGUUGAUUGGCAUUCAAUCUUACGGAAUUUAGACUGGGAUAUUAAUUUUGCAUAG